AUGGCCAGCAACGCAGCGUAUCGCCGUAGAGCUUCCCUUGGAUGCGAUCUCCGUCGACCCGAUGAAGUAACUAUUAGUCUGCCGUCAAUCGGAAACGCCUCCUCACUCGACAGUACCAGCACCGAGCUGAGCGCCAACAGCCGAGAUGUAAUAAUUGGCGACCAAUGGCUGGUGCUAGCCAAAAUAGGCUGGGGUUCUUUUGGCGAAGUAUUCAAGGUUCAAGACAUUCAUGACGGAAUGCGAUAUGCCGUCAAAAGAGAAUCUCACGAUGUCCGCAACCCCCAAUUGAAGCACGAAAGCCUUGUAUACGAUGCCUUGUUUCCUGGCCCUGGUAUCCCUCGAUGUCACUGGUAUGGUCAGCACGAUGAUUUUGAUUGCAUUGUCAUUGAUCUAUUGGGCCCAAGUCUCAAACAACUACGGGAAUCUGUCGCAGACAUGCCGAUCGAUAUUGUAGCCGACCUCGGUUGCCAGAUGAUCACCAUUUUUGAGCAUAUCCACCACCGUGGCAUUCUCUACCGCGAUGUCAAACCCGAGAAUUUUUUGUUUCCGGCAUCGUGUACUGUACCAAAGGUAUAUGCAGUAGAUUUUGGGCUAGCAGCCUGGUGGCGUAACUCAACUACACACAAACCAUAUCCUGAAGCCAGGAAGCCUAUUCGUAACAAAACAGGCACUGCACGCUAUGCCUCACUUAAUGUGCACCACGGCAAGGCCCAUGCACGCAGGGACGACAUGGAAAGUCUUGGUUAUGUUCUACUUGAUCUUGCUCGUGGCUCAUUGCCUUGGACUGGAAUCCAGGCACGAAACCCGAAAAUAGGAUGGGAUACUAUAGGCACCCUCAAAGAAGAAGCUUCUCUUCAAGACGUGUGCGCGGGCCUUCCCUCUGGAUUUCUCAAAUUUAUUGAAUAUACGCGCCAGCUACGUUUCACAGAACAGCCUGAUUACAACUUUCUGCGACGAUUAAUGCGU